AACUUUGCAUUACCAGCAAUGAUGAUUCGAGUAGUGGAACUAAUGUCAAAUAUGAAGAAGAUAUAAUUCACAAAAAAAUUGGGUCUUCUAGCGUUGAGGAACAAAAUAAAUACAAAAUGCUUGUCCAGAUUAAAUCAUUAGAAUUUAAUCCAUUACGACAACCAAAUUCUAAUGCUAAUAAAUCAAUUCGCCUUGUUAUCCAUUCAGUAACUUACCAUACUAAACCAAGUACCUCACUCGAAGAACAAUUGAAAAAAAUGUUUCUUUUUCCUUUUGAUUAUCAUUCAUUGGUUUUUGAUUCAAUGAAGAUAGAUAUUUAUGAUUACGGGUUAUUUUUAAAUACAAAGAAAAAACUUGGGCGUGCUAUUAUACAAUUAAAUACUUUAAAGCAAGCCAUUAUUGAUCAAAGAGAAUUUGAAAGAACUCUUCCACUUGAAAUUAAGGAAUUUCCGCAUAUGCAGGAAGUUGGUAGCAUCAAAAUAAACAUAAGAUUCCAUUUCCCUGAUGACCCGCCCCUAACAUCCCCAAUACAUUCUCGUCCACCAGCAACAGCACCUCCAGUUCUUAAUAGUAGAGAUCUCACAACCGAAACUGAUGAUAUAGAUGAAUUCGAUUGUGCUAAUAUUUUAAUGGAUCCUGAAGUAAGAUCUCUUGGCAUACUUGAUAUAGUACUAUGUCAGGAAACUAGAGAAGCAAUUAAAGAGAUUAAAGUACUUUAUAAAUCAUUUUUUGAUAAUGGAUGGACGCUAACCAAAUUAGAAUUUUUAGAAGCAUAUAUGUUAUUAGAAAAAUAUUAUGAACAAAAGCCCAAAUUGAAUUCUGACCGAAAAGUUGUACAAGAUUUUUUUGGCCUUGAUAAAAAUGAUUUCAUUUGUUGGGAGUAUGGACAAAAUACCGUUUCUGUACCUAAUUACAUGGUUAUUAGAGAUCCAGAGACAAAUUCUAUCAUUGUGUCUAUUCGAGGAACUAUGAGUAUUGCUGAUGUAAUCACCGAUGUACUAGCACAUUAUGAACAAUGGAACGGUGCUCUUGUUCAUCGUGGAGUAUUGCGCAGUGCGCAAUAUCUAGUAGAUCGAUCCUUAAAUGAUAUUAGAGCAGCUGUAAUAAAAUUUAAUGCAAAUUCCAUAAACAUAACAGGUCAUUCAUUAGGUGCAUCUAUAUCAUCUAUUGUAACUCUUCUUUUGCGAGAAAAAUGUAAAGAUUUGCUUUCACGUGGAAUUGAUAUUCUUGCAUGGAAUUUCGCAACUGCACCAUGCUGUUCACAUGAUUUAGCACGUAAAACUGAGUCCAUAAAUUAUAUUUAUAAUUUUGUGAACGAGAAUGACGUUAUUCCAAGGUUGAGUUAUGGUAAUUUGAUGGAUUUUAGAGAGUUGAUUAAAUUUGCUGCUAAUGAAAUAAAGAAUGAGGAAUAUAAAAAG